AUGGGGGAGGGGCUGGGCUGGGCGGUGCUGACUCUGCUGGUGAUUGGGGGGAAAGGCUCCUCCCUCCCUGCCCCGCCCUUCCUGGAGGAACCAACCAAUGGGAGCGCGGCUCUGGGGCAGGGGGCGGAGCUGCGGUGCCGGGCCCGGGUGGGCGUGGCCGUUCAGUGGGCGAGGGGCGGGCUCCUGCUCGGGGUCACGCCCACCCGCGCCCACCCACGCUACCGAUUGGUCGGAGACCCCCGGAAAGGUGAGCAUCACCUGCGGAUCGAUCACGUGACCCUCGAGGACGAUGACGUCUUCCAGUGCCAGGCGGGGGAGGGGAACGGGACCCGCGCGUCCCGGCCCGCCCAGCUCAGCCUGGAGCUGCUGGAGGGGGCGGAGCUCCCCCUGAUGGGCGGGGCCGAGGUUCAGGUUCGCUGCCACGCCCACGACGCGCGCCCCGCCCCCCACCUGGAGCUGCGCCUGGGGGAGCAGCCCCUUCCUGACGUCUCCUCCCGGGUGUUCGAGGGGUCCCACCCCAAACUGAGCUCCAGCGAGGUCACGGCGAGUCCAUCCCACCACGGGCUCUCUCUGCUCUGCUCCGCCUCCAACCUGGCCGGGCCGGCUCCGGCCGAGGCCGAGCUCCACCUGGACAUCGCAGUCCCUCCCAGUGCUCCCAGUAUCGAGGGGCUCCCGCCGCUGGUGCGGGCGGGGGUGGAGCUGCAGCUGCUGUGUGUGAGCCGGGGGGGGCGCCCUGCUCCCAGUCUGCACUGGGACAAGGACGGGCACGCCCUGCAGGGGGCGUGGUCAGAGGACGCGGGGGGCGUGACCAGAACCCGCCUCGUGUUCAGCCCCGCCCCCGAGGACGAUGGCGCCACCCUGCGGUGCCGCGCCGUGACGUCACUUCCUGGGGGCGGGGCCAGCGCCAGCGUCAAACUUCGAGUGUUGUAUGGGCCCUCGGAGCUGACCCUGCAGGGCUCGGGCGCGGUGGCCGAGGACGGGGAGGCGGCGCUGAGCUGCACCAGUGCUCCCAGUAACCCUCCAGUACGGCUGCGCUGGUGGCUCGGGGGGAGGGAACUGCAGGCCAGCCACGAGGGGCCGGCACCAGUGAGUGAACUGGGCAAACUGGGAGAGACUGGGAGGGCACUGGAGGGGGACUGGGACGGGCUGGGGGGGACUGGGAGGGGGGGCGGGGCCGUGUCCAACCUGACGCUGCGGGGGAGGGUCCAGGACCACGGCGCCCCCCUGGUGUGCGAGGCCGAGACCCCCGGGGUGGGGACCCGGAGUGUGACAGUGACCGUCAGUGUGAGCCACCCACCCCAGGCUCUCUGGGUCGAGGCCCCGCCCCCCAACGCCACCUUCCGGGUGGGGGAGGGGCUGCAGCUGCUGUGCCACGCCCGGGGGGGGCACCCGGCCCCGAAACUCACCUGGACCAAGGACGGGCGCCCCCUGCCGGACGCCCCCCCCCAGAGCCGCUCCGGUCACGUGACCUCCCGGGCGCUGCCGCUCCGGGCCACGCCCAGCGACAACAGCGCCCCCUACCGGUGUGAGGCUGGGCCCGCCCGCAGCGCCCCCGUGCGGCUCCGAGUGCUCUCCCAGUCCGUCUCCAUCUCGGUGUCUCCCCGUGAGCCCCGCCCUGGCCACGCCCUGUCCCUCACCUGCCGCGCUGGCCCCGCCCACCCUGGCCCCGAGCUCACCUGGAUCCGGCCCGGCCACGCCCCGGAUCCGGGGCUGCCCCUCCCCCCCAGCCCCGCCCCCUACGGGGGGGUCACGGUGGGGUCGCGGCUGCUCCUGCAGGGGGCGCUGUCGCUGCAGGAUCAGCCAAUCACGUGCCGAGCCUGGAGCGCGCGGCUGGGCGUGGCCGUGAGCUCCGCCCACACCCUGCGCAUGCGCCACGUGCCCCUGGUGAGCGCCGGCCCCUCCCCCGUGCUGGUUCUGGAAGGUUCCGAGGCCGUUCUGGGGCUGUCGGUGCGCGCCCAUCCCCCACCCGAGAGCUGCACCUGGAGCGUCCGCGGGAGGGGGAUCAGCCCCGAGGGGUCCCCGCGCUUCCGGGUCUCGCCAGGGGGCGCUCUCGUCAUCGCCAACGUCACGCGCGGGGACAGCGCCCCCUACCGGGUGUGGUGUCACAACGCCGAGGGCGGGGCCGGAGAUGACGUCACACUGCUGGUGCAGGUUCCUCCCAGUAUCGUGCGAGCCCCGGACCCGGUGGUGGUGGCCGAGGGGGGGGAGGGGCAGCUGCAGUGCGAGGCCGAGGGGAGCCCCCUCCCCCCAGGGAGCGUCCGGUGGGAGCGGCUGGGCGACUCGGGGUCCCCCCUGGCGCUGCCCCCCGAGCUGCAGCCGCUGCCGGGGGGUCCCGGGGGGUCCCUGCGGGUGUCGGGGGCUCGGCGGCACCUGGGGGGUCCCUACGAGUGCAGGGUGGAGUCGGGGGUGCCCCCCCCGGCCAGGGCCAUCGUCCGGCUGGUGGUGACCUGUGAGAGACUGGGGGAGGGGAUCACGGGAUAA